AUGCUGCUCUCUCCAGGGCACUCACCACGCCACCUUUCAUCUCCGUCACCAUCCUCAAAUCCCGAAGAGACCCUUCAAAUCUCCAACAGUUCCACCUCAAUCCACAGCACCCCGAUAAACCCUAGAAAACGAGCCACAGUUCUCGACGAGGACAGCUAUGUGGCCGCCAUCGAGAAAAUCAUCGAGCGCGACUUCUUCCCUGAUAUCUCGAAGCUCCGUGACCGUCUUGAUUGGCUCGAAGCUAUGAAAACGGGCGAUCCGAUCCAAAUUCGAGAUGCCCAGUUGAAGAUUAUGGAGCGCCGUGGCAAGAAGGCAAAUAAUCCCAAUUCUGAUGGUAGCACUUGGACUAGAAAUCGAACCCAAACCCAAACCCCAGGUUCUACUUUUAUACGAAAUUUCACUCCAUUUGAUGAAUUUGAUAGCAGAAUGCAAACACCUAGCGUUCUUACGGAUAGGGGAUUAUCUAGUAACCCAGAGUCUAGUGAGAAUGAAAAUGCUGUUGAGAAUUUGAGUUUAGACGAUUUUUUUAGGAGAUACACGAGUGAGGAUAACGAUAGUUUUUCAAAGAUAUUAGAAAAAGUGAAUAGGAAAAGGAAGGAGAGAUAUGGGCAUUUGUUAGAAGGUGAAAAGGAGGAUGUUAAAAUGAUUGGGGAUGCAAAGAGGGAUAGGAUUACGGAUGGUUUUGGAACCUCUGAUCAGCCACCAAGCACAUUGGAAGGGUGGAAUUACACGGCGAAGAAUUUGCUUAUGUAUCAUCCAGCAGAUAGGGGCGAGGCUCCGUUGACUGAGGAGGAACAGGUUGCUAGAUUGAAGGGUUUGACUAAGGAAAUUAAUAGGCCUAAUACACGUUUUCAUGGUAAAAUGUUGGAUACUAGGCCAAAGGACGACGGUGAUGUUGAGGUGCUUUAUACCCCAGUAGUUGGGGCUACUCCACUUCCUAUGCAUGAUAGAGAUGGGGACAAGGGGAAGAAGUAUGAUUUGGAGGAUUUGAGGAGGACACCAGAUAGGUUUUAUGUGGAAUCAGGGAAGAAGGCAGAUAAUGGGUACAGUUUUGUUAGGACACCUUCACCGGCUCCCGGAGUUGAUGAGUCACCAUUUAUUACUUGGGGUGAGAUUGAAGGGACACCAUUGAGGUUGGAACCUGAGGAUACUCCGAUUGAUAUUGGGGGUGGUGGCAAUGGGCCGCAUUUUAAAAUCCCUAAUCCACCUGCACGGGAUGUGAAGGCCCAUUCGUUAUCAAGGGAGGCUGCACGGAGGUUGAGGGAGAAGUCAAAGAUGUUUCAAAAGCCACCAUUGCCCUCUCCAAGUGGAGGGGGAGUGCUAGUCCAAGUGUCUUCAUCCUCUGUAGAUGAAACCCUUCGUGCCAGUUAUAGAGGGGCAAGCCCUGGAGUCGGUACUCCUAAGAGUGGAAGGAGUAUCUCGAGGUUUGGAAGAGAUGGGAGCAUGAGUUCCAGGUCACCUUCUGUAAGGGAGAAUUCUAAUCCUCCUUGGUAA